UGUAUCUUUGAAUUACACUUAAUCUGAGUACCCUAUUGAAAUGGAAAAUAAUAAACUCCGUUCUCUGGAUAUUACUCUUGCUCGAAAGUGAUCUGAUUGAUGCUGUAAAUGUGUCGGGAAAAGAGGGAAUGAAAGUAACUUUACCGACUGGACUUAAUGACCUACCUAGUGGCACUAUUAUGGCAUGGUCUUUCCCAUUGAGUCGUUCAGAUUCAUUUGAUAACAUAGCGCUGCUGAAUGCUGGUGUGAUUACAACGGACUACAGUAGGAAGUUCAAAGACAGACUGAAGCUGGAUACUCAGACUGGAUCUCUGACCAUCAGAAACCUCACCAUCAGCGACUCUGGACUUUAUAAAAUACUUAUCAUCAAUACACAGAGUUCAUCUAAGAUUGUAAAUCUAACUGUCUAUGUCCCUCAAGUGGACAGUCCAUUUGAAAGCAUGAGCUGUUCCUUGGUGUGCACUGUGAAGAACGGGAGAGAGGUGAUCUUGUCCUGCCAUCUCUCUCUCCCUCUGGAGUUAAACAAAAGAAAUGUUGACACCUACAGCUGUGAGGCUUCCAACCCUGCUGACUCAAAACCAACUCCGCUCAACAUUGAAACGCUCUGUCCUCAAUUGUCCUCACGCUCCACCAUCAAAGGGUCUGGUCGCAAUCCUGUCCCAAUCGCACUGGUUACAUUGUUAGCAUUUGGGAUAAUAAGUGGUGGUAUAUUCUGGGCAGUUAAAAUAAUAAAAUGUGGAGCCUGCAAGCAAAGAGAAGAAGAAGGAUGCUGAUGUGAACUUUCAGAGAUCGGUUGGGGAUACACUGGUAUCUGGCACCGGAGGAGUCUGUUCAACAGAGGAAUCUGUUUUGUACGCUGAUGUCAGAAUCUUACCCUCUGUUCAGAUAGGACUGGAUUCAAUCACUCCUCUCUCAAAGCUGUGACCUUGGCGUGGUUUAGAGGCUUGUGUGUCUCAAUGACCCCGAGAGCUACGCCGGAGGGGGCUUGGGCCCCUGGUAGGUUUAGCCAUGCCGGAUUGGUCUCCGGUGAGGGGCCAGACCAAUGAGAGCAUUGGUCCUACAUGUUUCACGUUGGCAUGAUGCUAUACGUAGGCAACCAUACCACUAUGUCAAUGGUACAUGCUGUGUGUAUGUCUUUACUGUAAUUUUAAAUGUGCAUUUUUCAUGGUGUUGAACCUAACUUUGCAAGAAAUGUGCUUGAUAAAAAUGCUAUAUUAUUAUUGUUAUUUAGGUCAGAACAUUUGUCUGAAAACCAGGAUUAGUAGCAUUUAAACAUGCAAAUGAGUUAAAUCAUGGCACCACAUCCACUCCCUGAAACUUUUUACCAUAUAUUUGCAAAAUGCUUGUAACCAACUGGCCAAACCUGCUAAUCUCAUGGGCAUGUUUAAACUUGUAGAGUUUCCACAGUCAUAGACUUUCUUCUCUGCUACCGCACUUCAGGCGGGAACCGAAGCGCCAAGUCUAGGACCAAAAGGCUCCUGAACAGUUUCUACCCCCCAAGCCAUAAGACUGCUGAACAAUUAAUCAAAUGGCCACCGGACCAUUACAUUGUACAAGUACAGAUACAAAAAAACUGACUUAACCUUAAGUAGUACUUUCAAGUGUUUUUACAUCAAGGAAACUGUAUGGAGUAAAAAGUACAUUUUCUUUAGGAAUGUAGUGGAGUCCCAAGGCCAGGAGUUGAGAAGCAUUUCCCUCUAGCAAUGUAAAAAUGUCUUUGAAUGUACA